CGAGCGGGCCGCGCCGGGAUCCUGCGGGCCGAGGGCGGUGCGGUGCGGGGCCCCGCAGCUUCCCCUCGGCCUGGCCGCGGCUGCCCGGCGGCAUCCGAGUCCUGCCACCAUGUUAAGGCGAAUUCUGCAGCGGACUCCAGGUAGGGGUGGAUCUCAGAGCUCUGAUUCAGAUUCAUCUGCCGCACCAGGAAAUGCCGUGGACGUGAACAGUGAAGGCUCCUCGGAGGGCUUCAUCUGUCCACUAUGUAUGAAAGUGUGUGUAACUCCCACUGAUCUGUCUGAACAUUACCAGAAUGAGCACACUGGGACAGAAGGAAGACAAGAGCCUCAUGACCUCCCAGCUGUUACUGGCUUUAUUUGUCCUCUCUGUAUGAAAUCUCAUGGAUCAGCUGAAGAGCUGUUCAAGCACUAUGAAGCAGUUCAUAAUUCUGGCAUUGAUUCGACUCAUGGAGGGGAAGGUCAUCUGUCACCGGAAAGAGAUGAAGUAUCACUGCUCCGACAAGAAGUCCAAGACUUGCAAGCUUCACUGAAGGAGGAGAGGUGGUAUUCAGAAGAGCUGAAGAAAGAACUAGAGAAAUUACAGGGGCAGCGGCAGCAAGAUUCUAAGUCUGAUGGAUUGACAACGGCUACAUCUACAGAAUCAUUAGAACGGCAACUAGAAGAGAUCCAAGUAGAAAAUUUUAACAUUAAGCAAAUGAAAGACUUAUUUGAGCAAAAAGCAGCACAACUAGCCACUGAAAUUGUGGAACUUAAAUCAAAAUAUGAUGAAGAAAUCAGCCUUCGGGAGGGUGCAGAACAGAAAGUGACAAACCUGACACAAGAACUGCAGAAGGAGAGAAGUACAGUUGAAGAUUUAAAGACAGAGCUGCUACAAAGACCUGGUGUGGAAGAUGUAGCUGUCCUGAAGAAGGAGCUGGUCCAAGUUCAGACGUUGAUGGACAAAAUGACACUGGAACGUGAAAGAGAAUCUGAAAAGCUGAAAGAUGAAUGCAAGCACUUGCAGGCAGAGCAGGCUAAUUCAGAGGCUACCAUUAACCAGUUGAGAGCUGAACUUGCCAAAGGACCUCAGGAGGUAGCGGUGUACGUUCAGGAGCUGCAAAAACUUCAAAGUUCAGUCAAAGAGUUGGAACAAAAAAACCAGAGUCUGUCUGAGAAACUGCUGAAGAAAGAACAGGACUACACCCAACUAGAAGAAAAACACAAUGAAGUAACUGUGAGUAAGAAGAAUGUGCAGGCAAGCUUUCACCAGAAAGACCUGGACUGCCAACAGCUUCAGGCAAAGCUGUCUGCAGCUGAGGCUUCGAUACAGAGAUUACAGACAGAGCUAGGUGAGAAGGGGGAAGCAAGCCAGAAACUUAAAGAAGAGUUGUCUGAAGUAGAGACAAAGUACCAACAUCUUAAGGCAGAAUGUAAACAGCUCCAGCAGCAGAGGGAAGAAAAAGAGCAGCAUGGCCUGCAGCUCCAAAGUGAGCUCAGUCAGUUGCACAGUAAACUUCUAGAAACAGAGCGGCAGCUGGGGGAAGCUCAUGGACGGCUCAAAGAACAGAGGCAGCUGUCUAGUGAGAAGCUGAUGGAUAAAGAGCAGCAUGUGGCUGAUCUGCAAUUGAAACUUUCUCGAGCUGAAGAGCAGCUGAAGGAAAAAGCAGCAAAUUCCACAGAAUUGCAACAUCAGUUAGAUAAGGCAAAACAGCAGCACCAGGAACAGCAGACACUUCAGCAAAAUACUACAGCAAAACUACGAGAAGCCCAGAAUGAUUUGGAGCAAGUGCUGCGACAAAUUGGAGAUAAGGACCAAAAAAUUCAAAAUCUUGAGGCUUUGCUUCAAAAAAGCAAGGAAAACAUCUCCCUGCUAGAAAAGGAAAGAGAGGACUUAUAUGCAAAAAUUCAAGCUGGUGAAGGAGAAACAGCAGUUCUUAACCAGCUACAAGAGAAGAACCAUGCAUUGCAAAUACAGGUAACUCAGCUGACAGAGAAGCUGAAGAAUCAAUCAGAAAGUCAUAAACAAGCCCAAGAAAAUUUGCAUGAGCAAGUACAGGAGCAAAAGGCACAUCUAAGAGCUGCUCAAGACCGUGUGCUUUCCCUAGAAGCAAACAUCACUGAACUAACCAGCCAGCUAAAUGAAAGUAAAGAGAAAGUAUCACAACUUGACGUACAGGUAAAAGCAAAGACUGAAUUGCUACUUUCAGCAGAAGCAUCGAAAGCUGCUCAAAGAGCAGAUCUUCAGAAUCACCUGGACACUGCCCAGCAUGCACUGCAAGAUAAGCAACAGGAGUUAAAUAAGGUCAGCGUUCAGCUGGAUCAAGUUACAGCUAAACUGAAUGACAAGCAGGAGUACUGUGCUCAGCUGGAAGCCAAUCUCAAAGAGUACAAAGAGAAAAGUCUUUAUUUAGAACAGAAAACUGAAGACCUAGAGGGACAACUUAAGAAACUUGAAGCUGACAUUCUUGAUGCUAAAGCAAGCAAAGAACAAGCUCUUCAGGAGUUACAGCAGCAGCGACAGCAAUCCACAGAAUUAGACCUCCGAACAACAGAACUGAGUAAACAUCUUGAAGCAGCAAGAGAAACGAUGUCUAAUACUAAAUUGGAUUUGCAGAAGAAGUCUGAAGCCCUUGAACAAGCAAAAAAGCAAAUUUCAAACCUGGAGGAGGAGAAGGCCAGCCUCAAACAAAACCUUGAAAAAUCAAACCAAGAUACUAGUAAGCAACUCAAAGAAUUAGAUUGCAGAAUGCAAGCAGCAUCAUCAGAGCUGCAACAAGUGAAAUCAGAGAAGGAUGUUCUAAUAAAGGAUCUUACAGCUACCAAAGAUAAGCUCUCAAAAGGUUCUGAAUCCUUCAAAAAAAGAAAGGAAGAGUUAGAGAAAGAAGUACAAAAAGCAAAAGCAGCCGUGGCAGAAAUGGAAAAAUCUUGCCAAGAGUUAAAACAUCAGCUUCAGGUCCAAACAGAGUCUGUAGCUAAAGAGAGGAAUGAACUGAAAAACUCACUGGAAAAAAAGGAGGGGAUUUCUAAGCAGCUGUCGCUAGAGCUUGAUGCAGCAAGAACGCAAAUACUGGAAAUUCAGGGUCUUCUGAAGGAGAAAGAAAAAAGUGAGCAACAUCUCCAAGGAAGGCUGAGAGAGUUAAAGGACUCUUUUGAGCAGAAGAAAAAACACAGUGAGACACUGCAAGCUGAAUUAAAAACUGCCCUUUUAGAAAAGGCAGAACUGGAGAAUAAACUGCAACAGCAGUCUAUUUUGUCAGCACAGGAGCUUAAAACGGAGAAAGUCAAGCUAGCAGACUUACAGAAGAGCCAUGAAAAAAAUAAGGAAAACAUGGAGAAGCUGCAGUUGGAUCUUUAUGGGAAAGAGUCUGAGCUGCUGGCAAUAAGGCAAGACCUUAAGUCUACAGAAGAAAAACUUGCUCUAGCUCAAGAAGAAUUGGUUUCCAGCAGAAAUCGAAUUGCUAGCAAUAAUCAGCAGAUUCAGGAACUGAAGAAAGCUAAGUCUACACUGGAGCAGGAUGCAUCAAAGAAGGAGCAGCAGCUGUGUGAGAAGACCAAAAUGUUACAGGAUCUUCAGAAUGACAGGAUUUUGAAAGAAAAAGACUUGGCUAAUGAGAAAUGUAAAACAACAGAGCUCCAAGAAAUAAGGAGUAGACUUGAAAAAGAAAGUGCCAAGCUGGGUGAAGAGCUUAGAGCCUCCAAGCACGAAUUUGAGAAGGAGGUGGCAAAUCUCAAGGAUGCAAACCAGCUAUUGAUUCAACAGAAAUUAGAGCUGCAGGGCAAAAUAGAUAAUACUAAUUCAGCUCUGGAACAGGAGAAGAAAACCCAUCAAGCUGUCAAAGAUCAGCUGAAAAAGAGAGAAGAGGAGCUGAAGAAAGAAUGUGUGGAAAUUGAAGCUAAACUGCAUGCAGAGCAAAAAGAGAAAGAAGAAGAAAAUAGGAAACAUGAGGAAAAGGAGACUAAACUCACCAUGCAGGUCACAGCCCUGAAUGAAAACCUGGCUACCAUGAAGAAAGAGUGGCAAAGCAGUCAGAGGCGAGUGAGCGAGCUGGAGAAACAGACAGAUGAUUUACGUGGGGAUAUUGCUGUCCUGGAAGCAACGGUGCAGAAUAACCAGGAUGAGAGAAGAGCAUUGCUGGAGAGGUGUAUAAAAAGUGAGGGAGAAAUUGAAAAGCUUCAAGCCAAACUUGUGGAAAUGAAGAAAAAGCUGGACAACACUACUGCUGCAAUGCAGGAACUUGGCCGAGAAAACCAGUCAUUACAGAUCAAACACACCCAAGCUCUCAACAGGAAGUGGGCAGAAGACAAUGAGGUACAGAACUGUAUGGCCUGUGGAAAAGGCUUUUCAGUGACAGUGAGAAGGCAUCACUGUAGACAGUGUGGAAAUAUCUUUUGUGCCGAGUGCUCAGCAAAGAACGCCUUAACUCCUUCUUCUAAGAAGCCUGUCCGAGUCUGUGAUACUUGCUUUAAUGACUUGCAAGGAUAACUGGCUAUCGUGAGUGACAAAGAAAUGUUACACUAAAAUUUACAAUUUCUGUCAAUGCACUUCGUUCAGCACUCAGACUACUAUUCAGUUUGGACAAUGAUUGUAACACUUGGCAAAAUUUAGUAUAUUUUAAAAUGUUUAUCGAUACCAAGUAAAAUUAUUGUAUUUUUUGUGAGACAUGGGCUCAGAUCAUCCAUAGCUUAUUGCCAUUUAUCCUGAAAAGAGCUUCUAUGUCUAGAAUAGAAAUAUCCAGUUAUUUGUAAAUAAAGUUUAAACAGAGGAGUAACAAUGUAUUUUUUUAUCUUUUAUUUUUUUGUUCAAGAGAAACAGCUUUUAUGUGAUAUUGUAGUUUAUUCUUGUUUCCUUCAAAGGAAAAGGAAGAUGCAAAAACUUGUGAGGAUUUUAUGUAUCAAAUGUUGCUGUAAAAAAAACCAAAACAUAACUAAUUGUUGCAUUUAAUUGCAUAUCUGAUGUUCUUUAUAACCCCUUGUGAUUUUGUUUUCUUUCUAUCUCUUUGGUUCUUAGACUUUUCUCUCUAAAGUUUGAACUGCACAGUGAGGGUAAUGUCUGGACUCGACUCCAACUGGGUUUUAUUUGCUCACUUAGAACUUGUUGUAGUAUCAGCACCUAAGUCCUUAUCCAACUACAGUGCUUGGUUACUGGAACACCUUUACAUAUGCUGUAUUGCAUAGUCUGUGUGUGUGUGUCUGAGAGAGAGUAUGUGUGAACCAAUGAUGAGAUGGAGUUUAGUGGGCAUUGCAGGAAUAUUAAAUGAUAAAUUACAAUAUUCCAUCCUGUAUUGAUUGAUUUCACUUUUACAUAUUUGUUUGAUGGAUUUUAAGGUCCAGAAACCCUUAUAUGUGGGCUUUAAAAAGCAAACAAAUGAUGGCAGUAGCCUGUAGUGCAUAUCUCCCUGUGCCCUUACUGUGGAAGCCUGGGAGGUCCCUGAGGUUGUAAGGGACAUCCAGACCUUCCAUGCUAGGUAUCCUACUAAGAAAAACUCUUUGAGAUUGCUGCAGAUGUCUGAUCUUUUCUUCUGUCCCUUCCUCAGCUUUUAGUGGAAGAUACUGAACUCCUGCUACACCUAACAAACCUCAGUUUUGUGCUCCGUCUCAUCCCAUUACCAGUGGGUUUUAACUGUUAUGUUAGUUAUAUGACAGUCUGCUCAGAACAGUGGUGUGAAUCUCCUGUUACUAGCUUAGUUACAGCCUAACAGCUCUAAAUAAGAGGGCAAUAUAUGUGUCUUUAGAUAUUUAUUCAUACUUUCUUUACUGUAAUUGCAACACAGGUUCCUUAUGUUGCAAUGCUUCUUUUUUGUUAUGAUUUAAUUUAUACCUGUUCAUUCUUGCCUGCCUGUCUCUGACUUUCUUCCCUUUGUGUCUGGUAUUUUAAAAUCAUUAAAGUUAUUUCUUCUGAGCAGGGGUUAUGCCUUACGAUAUUUAGGGACCGUCUUAAAUACUCUAGUAAGUUCCCCCCACCGCAGCCUUCCUACAAAAUUUAGCCAGCUGUUUAGAGAAAAAGACUGUAUCCUGAUUCCUCUGCUUAUUGCCCAAGGUAAGGAACCAAAUUCUGUCACGAUGUUGGAAGCUCAGCCAUCAUUAGGCAGGUUCAUUUGCUUUUAUGUUGACAGCUCUGUAUGUGGAUGAAGAAGAGUCUCUCUGACAAAAAAAGCCUAGUCCUGAUAAACUCUUCAGUGAAAAAACUUCUUAAUCCCUUUCUCCAGAAGUAGUGAUCUACAUGUUUCAUGUCAUCUACAUGUUUUACCUGUCUAGUUCUAUGUUUGCAGCCUAAAGGAGUUUUCCUCAAGAAGUUUUCUUAAUCUUAAAUUCCUAUUUCCCAAAAUCCAGCUGGAUUACAUAACUGGUUCUCCUCACUGCAGAAGAGUUUGGGAUACUGUUGUGGUUUAUGUGAAAUACUGAUCUGCUUUUCUGGUUCGAAUUUGAGAGUUGCUUGCUAAAAAGAAAAAAUUGCUGCAACAAUUCCAUGUGAACAGCCCCUGGACUCGUUUCUCCUCAUCAGUAUAACAAUUUGUCAUAAGAAUCUUUUGAAUACAAAAUAUGAGCAGGUUCUCUGCCUCUGGGAAUUGUUUUUUCUAUAUAUUUAUUUAUUGGGAGAAUCUGAAGAGUUUGCCUUCAAGCCUUUCUUUGUCUGACAUGUGACUUCAGAAACACAAGAAAAGAAGCGACAGUCGUGCUCCAGUGUAGAUGUGCUCUGCCCUGUUGGGUAACACAGAGAGCCUUGUGCUGCUUUCAGCAGUGAAGGAUGACCACAUGGAGCAGAAGGGAUUUGGAGAGGGAAGAGAGGAGCUUCUUGUGACUUCACAGGGACAAAACACAUGAGACAGGAAGAUGGAAAUCUUUUGUGGGGAGCUAGGAAAAUGGUUAAAAGACUCACUUAUGUCCAGGCAUUUUGCUUUUGAGUGAGAAUAUGUGAACGAUGAAGAGAGAGCUCUGCAGUACAAAGGAAGUGGAAGAAGCUCUAGCAGGCUUGUUCUUAAUUCAGCCUCUUGAAAUGCCUUUAUGUAAAGACAAGCAGAGUCACCUCACUCAGCUGGCUGCUGAAACAGUGUGGUUGGCUGACCGCAAAUCAGACCUUGGUCUGGAGCUUCUCAGAGGCAAAACCAGCUUGAUUUCUGCAGAUUGCUUUUUGCUGAUCAGUUUAUAUGACCAAUUUUUUGAGGGAAUGGAAAUGCUUUCCAAAUACACAUCUGUAGGAAGAGGGAUUGUUAAAACCUGAAGGAACAGUGGUAGAAAGAGGGGUAACUAGUACCUAGACCAGGGGUGUAGGAGCUUUCAUCUUUGAGCUUUGAGUCUGCAGCAAUAAGUCAGGAUUGCUACAGUUUUUAAAUGGAGUGAAUUUAUGAUGCCAUUGCUGAAUCUUAUGCUCCUUCUUUUGUGCUCAGGAUUCCUGGUGCUGGUCUGCAUCUGUUGACAAGUUGAUGGUUUACUAGACUGUGUAAUGCUCUUGGUCUCAAUGUCAGGUUGGAAAUUAUGUUCAAGCUCUGUAAAAUGACUAUAGGAUACUCAGUAAGGGAAACUGGAAGGUGAAAAGCUUUGUAUUUAUAAAUCUGCUUGCAGAGUCUGACUGAUUUGAUGGGCAUGUAUCAGUAGGAACGUAGGUGUUUUGUUGCACUGCUUUGAAAUAUUAAUUAUAGGAAAACCUAGUAAAAAGCCUGGUAAUUUUUACCACGCUGCGUUAAAGGAUUCCAGAUGAAAUAGUUUAAUGUACUGAGUUUUUUUUAGACCACAGACACAGGAACAGAGGGAAAAACUAGUAAAAUGUCAGAAGAGAUUAGUCUUGGAACUGGAAGAUAAAUAGUGGUGUGUUUCAACAGCCUCUAGAAAGAACCAGAUUGCUCUCAUUCACUGAUGAAAGGCCAUUAUAGAGCAAGAGGUGGAAAUAACAGUAAAACCAAUGCUCAAACUAGUAGGUGUGUUUUAUCAUCAAGCUGCCUUUGAUUGCUAGGCACUACCAUGGCAUCAGGAAUGGACAGUGAAGUGUGGGAUUUGUUCCUGAAACUUUCCCCUCUGCAAGACACUCCAUCCACAUUCAGAAGUGCUGGGGAAGCAGAAUAUGAGGGACCAGCUGCUACAUGGGCUGAGACAAGCUACGGAGGCAAUCCAGAAAGUGUAAAGGGUGUUGUUAAUGGUGGAAGAAGCUCUUGAACUUCCUGGAGACUUCCAUCUUUCUUCCUAGUCAAAGAGCCACAAUCCCUUGCUUUGCUGCCUCCAGAAUGCCAGUCAUACAGUUCUACUCCCACCUCAGGUCAGCAAUUCAUACUUAUGUCCUGCAACCCCUCUGCAGGCAGGUAGCCUUGCAGAGGUCAGUGGCAGGCUUUUGAUCUUAGCUGGGUGUGCUUUACUGUUAUUUGUUUCUUCUCCUCAUGUAUUCCCUACAGUAAUCUUCCCCUUUCUGCAGAGGUUGAACAGAAAGGAUAAAAUUGAUGAAUCACAGUAGGAAAAGUUGCUCUCUGCAGGUGAAGAGACAAAAGGAAUUUUCAGCUGCAGUUUCCAGCAGAGGCAAGAAAGAGGUUUAGCAGGAUCUCAUUUUUCAGCUGAUUUUACUCUCUGGCACAAGAGUCUAAGGCUCUAGGGUACAGUGCAGGUUUAUCCCUCUUUAUUUGGAAGGCAUCAAGUAACCAAGUUGCCAAGGUGUGGAGCACUAGGUACACAAGAACAAUGAAUAACUAAUUUUGUUGGGUUUGGGACGAUUAAGAUUGUUUGUGAAUCUUCACUGGAAAAGCUUUCUUAGUGAAGCAAGAAGGGUUUUGGGAGCAGAAGCAUGAAGUAACCUUGCUGUGUUUAUAUUACAUGAGCAAGAACAAUUGAUUCUUUCAUGCAAGAUGUAAAAGAAGUGACAUUCCUAAAGAAGGGACCUGGAAAACUCAGGUACUUUUCUGGAUUGUUUAAUGUCAGUUAAACAUCAAAUGAAAACAAAUGCUUGUUGGAAAACUUUAUAACUUAUUAUGACCAGUAUGUAGUGACAGAUAGAAAACUGCUGGAGCUUAAGUUCAAAUAGAAUAUAAACUAUGGCAAGAAGAAUGGUAUAAUGGUUUGAAUAUGUUGAAACUGAUAAAUUACUCCUCCAGGUACCACCCCUCCCACUCUCAUAUUCUUGGAGGACUAGGAAACAACACUGUCAUUUGCACUAUGCACUUUUUGCUGUCUAACUGAAUAUAAUCUACAGUAAGUGGAAUGGCAUACUUUACAUUGCAUGUGUUAGCUGUAAUCAAUGGACAGAAAGCUUGUCUUCAGCUGGACUUCUCACUGUAUUACAUUUGGCCCCUUGCUAUGUAAGGAGAAUUGCACUUGUAAUUUCUUUGUACCAAAAUCGUGAUCAUCAUCUGAGAGCACAUGUAACAACAAAACCUGUGUAAUCACGCACACAUUGUCUUUGUAGAGCUUAAUUUUAAGAUUAUUAAAUAAGAAAACGUGAAUCUUGUAUAUUUUCAA